AUGUCAUCCUUUUUCGACAACGAUGACGCGACGUCCAUUGCUUCUACAGCUGUGAAGAUCAAGGAUCCUGUAAAGAAAGCAUGGUGUCAGACUCAAUGGACGAACCUCAGCCACCAAGCCAGACGAUUGGGUCUUGCUGAGCAAGGUGAUGUUACAUCGUACUUUGACCCCAAGACCAUGCUUCUUGACAAAACGGUCAAUAAGAAAUUGUGGCAGCUCUUGAAUCGUUUAUACAACUUGCUCGGCCCGGACAAGGCACCUUAUGCACACCCGGUCAUGCAUGAGGCCGGACGGAUCGAGUGGCACAACUACGCAGAUGGAUGUAUGGGUGUCGUAGCGGAAAUCAUCGAAGACUGA